AUGCCUGUUAUUGAAGAGAUAGACAGCGGAAUUGAAGCCACCAGUUCUUCGAACAGCAGAGAAGAUUCUCCAACAUCAUCCAGGAGAGAAACGGCAAGCAUCAUGGAUGAUGAGGAUGACCUGGAUGAGACUUUGUCUGAACGUUUAUGGGGUCUGACUGAAAUGUUUCCAGAAAGCCUGAGGAACUUAACAAAUGCUGUGUGUCACGGAUCCAUAGCAGGUGUCAAGUCCAUGUAUAAAUUCAGCCGAUCUGCAAUGUGGAUCUUCUUCUCUUCUUCUGUUAUCCUUGUUGCCCCAGUCAUAUUUGAAGUUGAAAGAAUGCAGUUGGAAGAGGUUCAAAGACUACAACAGAGACAGAUUCUGCUGGGACCUAGUGCGGCUGUUUCUAGCGGAGGAAUACACAAUUUAGGAGUGCCAAUGCCACCUCAAAUAGCACAACGAUAAAUUAUAAAAGCAACAUUUAUUUAGGCCAUACAUUUGUGUAAUUCCAUAGUAUUUGCUGAACAUGUCGAAAGAUACUUUUUCGAUUGUUACUUUGUGAUUCAGUCAUUUCUUGUUAAUUUGUAAACAUAAAUGCAAUUAAAACGCAUUGUUUUA